AGAGGCAUUAGGUCCCCCCCACCCACCCAUACACGCACUGCUGCAGUUAUUUGUUCAUUUCUUCUCUUUCUUUUCCUUUACUCACGCAUUCCCCCCCACCCCCUUCUCCGCUCCAUCAGAAUCAGAAUGGCCAACUGAUUCCUCCAUUCAUAAAGACUUUGAAUUUCGCAAUGAAUUUUAAUAUUUCGGUUACUCUGUUCCUUGUGGUUACGGUUUCGUUUGAAUAUUGUGAAGCUCUUAAGCAAGGACAAAGUUGUGUAGCCAAUGGCAACUGUGAUUCAGGGCUACAUUGUGAGACUUGCCUCGCAAAUGGCAAUGUACGGCCGCGUUGUACUCGAAUUCAGCCCGUCAAUCCUCUAUCAAAGGUGAAAGGAUUGCCAUUUAAUCGGUACUCUUGGCUGACGACGCACAAUUCUUUUGCCAAAUUGAAAGCAAAGUCCGGGACAGGAGGUGUAAUAUUAGCUCCAAUGAAUCAGCAGGACACCAUCACCGAUCAGCUAAAUAAUGGUGUUAGAGGUUUAAUGCUUGAUAUGUAUGACUUCAACAAUGACAUCUGGCUAUGUCACUCAUUUGGAGGGAAAUGCUACAAUUAUACAGCUUUUCAACCUGCAAUCAAUGUCUUGAGGGAGAUAGGAGUGUUUCUUGAAGCCAAUCCUUCAGAAAUUGUUACAAUUAUAAUUGAGGACUACGUUACAUCACCAAAUGGCCUAAACAAGGUGUUCAAUGCGGCUGGGCUUAGAAAAUUCUGGUUUCCAGUUUCUCGGAUGCCUAAAAAUGGUGGAGAAUGGCCAACUGUAGUUGAUAUGGUUCAGCACAAUCAGCGAUUGGUUGUCUUCACAUCCAAGUCUGCCAAAGAAUCUUCAGAAGGCAUUGCUUAUGAGUGGAGAUACUUGGUAGAAAACCAAUAUGGAGAUGGUGGCCUGAAACCUGGUUCUUGUCCAAAUCGUGCAGAAUCAUCUGCUAUGAACAAUAAGUCAAAGUCGUUAGUCCUUAUGAACUACUUUCCUGAUGCCCCAGAUCUUACUCAAGCUUGCAAACAUAAUUCAGCCCCACUCAUUGAAAUGAUGAAUACAUGCCACGAAGCUGCUGGUAAAAGGUGGCCUAACUUCAUCGCUGUUGAUUUUUACAGGAGAAGUGAUGGAGGUGGAGCCCCUGAAGCUGUAGACUUGGCAAAUGGACAUCUAGUCUGCGGGUGUACAAACAUUGCCUCUUGCAAGGAGAAUAUGACUUUUGGAGCAUGUGACCUGCCUGAACCAAGCAUUUCUCCAAUUACACCAGCUGCUGCAGCUAAAAAUGUAACAAGCUUUUCAAAUUUGAAUUUCCAACCAAAGCUGCAAUGGUUUUUGGGAACAACAUUAGUGUGUUUUUUCUUGUUGUAAUUGAGGACCAACAGCCUACCCAACUUUAUAUUUGCUUCACAAGUACUAAGGAUUAGACUUUGUUGAAAGCAUAUGUAGAGAAAGGGGUUAUUUUUUAGUAGGUGAUUACGACUACAACCAGACAAACUGAUUAGCCAAAAUUAAUCUUCUGAUGUGCUUUCGGAGUGUAGAAAAUUGGAGCUUAGGAGUUUGAAUGGUGUGUGGAUCAAUCUUCCAUAAACUUUGCAUCUUUCCUUUGGUAAAACAGCUGAUGUGAAGUUAGUUUAGCUUAUGGCACGGCUACUUGGAUAUGGAAAGAACUUGGUGAAAACCUCUACAUGUAACUGAUUCUGGUGAUCCAGUUUGUUUUCGAAAUGAAAAUGCAGAAUAGUGAAAAUGAUUCUAUUUUGCUA